UUCAUGGCUCCUCCUGCAACAUCGACACGGGGCUGAGAGGCUGCAGGGGUAACGCAAAAAAAACUGUUUUUUUCUCGACUUAUAGGAAGGGUGUAGAAUUGCGCAAUGUUUAAGAAAAAAACAUAUUGAAUUGCGUCCUAAACGUCGUUCCGACUGCUGUGAAGGGUUUGAAUUUUCCUUCGGAUUCUCAACACCCCAAAUGAACUCCGUCAGAGCCAGCAGCAGACGACCCAGGCGAGUGUCGAGGCCGCGCCCGGUACAACCGGAAAGGAAUAACCAGGACAGAGUCAAAUCAGUCUCCUCUCUGUGAAGACUGCUGGUGUUGCUAGAAGAUGCGGCGGUAGCCUGCUCAGUGUUUGUAGUGGUUACUGGCUAGUAGUCCGGGAGAAUCCCCAGAGCAACAAGGCAACUCCCUUGUGGGGUCGGCACAGACACACUGGACGCAAUGUCAGGCUAAAAUGGAGCUACGUGCACCUGAAGAUGAGGACGUCCCCGCAGAUAUGGUUGCAGAAGAAUCCGUUCCUGGAGCUCAGAACAGUCCCUAUCAGCUACGAAGGAAGUCUCUGUUGCCCAAGAGAACCGCGUGUCCAGCCAAGAGCAACAUGGAGGGAGCUUCUACUUCCACGACAGAGAACUUCAGCCACCGGGCCAAACGUGCCAGAGUCUCCGGGAAGUCACAAGACUUACCAGCAGCGCCAGCAGAGCAGUACCUUCAGGAGAAGCUUCCAGAUGAGGUGGUGCUGAAGAUAUUCUCGUACCUGUUGGAGCAGGACCUGUGCAGGGCCGCCUGCGUCUGCAAACGCUUCAGCGAACUGGCCAACGACCCCAUCCUUUGGAAGAGGCUGUACAUGGAGGUGUUUGAGUAUACGCGUCCCAUGAUGCACCCUGAGGCGGGAAAGUUCUACCAGAUCAAUCCAGAGGAGCAUGAGCAGGUGAACCCCUGGAAGGAGAGCUUUCAACAGUUGUACAAAGGAGCCCACGUGAAGCCAGGCUUUGCAGAGCACUUCUACAGCAACCCUGCCAGAUACAAGGGGAGGGAGAACAUGCUGUACUAUGACACCAUCGAGGACGCGCUGGGCGGCGUGCAGGAGGCUCACUUCGACGGCCUGAUCUUCGUCCACUCUGGCGUCUACACAGACGAGUGGAUCUACAUCGAGUCUCCAAUCACCAUGAUUGGAGCUGCGCCAGGGAAAGUGGCAGACAAGGUGGUGAUUGAGAACACGAGAGACUCUACGUUUGUGUUCAUGGAAGGCUCCGAAGAUGCCUAUGUGGGAUACAUGACCAUACGGUUCAACCCUGAUGACAAGUCUGCCCAGCACCACAAUGCCCACCACUGCCUGGAGAUCACCGUCAACUGCAGCCCCAACAUCGACCACUGCAUCAUCCGCUCCACCUGCACAGUUGGGUCAGCGGUGUGUGUUAGUGGCCAGGGGGCGUGUCCUACCAUCAAGCACUGCAACAUCAGCGACUGUGAGAACGUGGGGCUGUACAUAACCGAUCAUGCACAGGGCAUCUAUGAAGACAACGAGAUCUCCAACAAUGCUCUGGCGGGAAUCUGGGUGAAAAACCAUGGCAACCCCAUCAUCAGACGCAACCACAUCCACCAUGGACGAGAUGUGGGGGUCUUCACUUUCGACCAUGGCAUGGGCUACUUUGAGAGCUGUAACAUCCACAGGAACCGCAUCGCGGGCUUCGAGGUGAAGGCGUACGCCAACCCCACGGUGGUGCGCUGUGAGAUCCACCACGGCCAGACCGGGGGCAUCUACGUGCACGAGAAGGGGCGGGGCCAGUUCAUAGAGAACAAAAUCUAUGCCAACAACUUUGCUGGCGUGUGGAUCACCUCCAACAGUGACCCAACCAUCAGGGGCAACGCCAUCUUCAAUGGUAACCAGGGUGGGGUGUACAUCUUUGGGGACGGCCGCGGGCUGAUUGAGGGAAAUGACAUCUACGGGAACGCUCUGGCCGGUAUCCAGAUCAGAACCAACAGCUGCCCCAUCGUACGCCACAACAAGAUCCACGACGGCCAGCAUGGAGGAAUCUACGUGCAUGAGAAGGGUCAGGGGGUGAUAGAGGAGAACGAGGUGUACAGCAACACGCUGGCAGGGGUCUGGGUGACCACAGGAAGUACUCCAGUCCUGAGGAGGAACCGGAUACACAGCGGCAAACAGGUCGGAGUGUAUUUCUAUGACAACGGCCAUGGUGUUCUGGAGGACAACGACAUCUACAACCACAUGUACUCUGGAGUUCAGAUCAGGACUGGCAGCAACCCUAAAAUAAGAAGGAACAAGAUCUGGGGCGGCCAGAACGGAGGCAUUCUGGUCUACAACUCAGGUUUGGGCUUCAUCGAGGACAACGAGAUCUUCGACAACGCCAUGGCGGGCGUGUGGAUCAAGACUGACAGUAACCCCACGCUGAGGAGGAACAAGAUCCACGACGGCCGAGACGGAGGCAUCUGCAUCUUUAACGGAGGGAGAGGAGUUCUGGAGGAGAACGACAUCUUCAGGAACGCGCAGGCUGGGGUUCUGAUCAGCACCAACAGCCACCCCUCUCUGAGGAAGAACCGCAUCUUCGACGGCUUUGCUGCAGGUAUAGAGAUCACCAACCACGCCACAGCCACUCUGGAGGGAAAUCAGAUCUUCAACAACCGCUUCGGAGGACUGUUCCUGGCAUCUGGUGUCAAUGUUACAAUGAAAGAUAACAAAAUAAUGAACAAUCAAGAUGCCAUUGAGAAAGCUGUGAGCAGAGGUCAGUGCCUGUACAAGAUUUCCAGUUACACCAGCUAUCCAAUGCACGAUUUUUACAGGUGUCACACCUGCAACACAACAGACCGCAACGCCAUCUGUGUGAACUGCAUUAAGAAGUGCCACCAAGGGCACGACGUGGAGUUCAUCAGGCACGACAGGUUCUUUUGUGACUGUGGAGCGGGGACUCUCUCCAACCCCUGCACGCUGGCCGGAGAGCCCACGCACGACACAGACACGCUGUAUGACUCGGCGCCCCCAAUAGAGUCAAACACGCUGCAGCACAACUAGGCUGCACACCUGCCUGGGAGAGGAGGAACAGCCGGACAUUCACAUGACAGUUCAGUUUCACAGAACGUGUACAGAUGACUUUUAAAACAAGAGGCCGAGCAGAGGAAGAGAGGAUCUAUUUAAUACAGUCUGCUGUGGACACCACGCCCCCCUGCCCCACUCACACCUGCAACAUGAUUGGCUGAGAGAAGGCCAUGUUGUCGGGGGCUGAGGAUAGAGACAUGGUGACUCAGGUUAUUAUGGGAUGUUGGGCAGCCAGGCUGUUGGGAGGGGGGUUAUGGGGGGGUGUGGCCAGACAGGAGACAUGGCCAUGACACAAUGCUUCCAUCCGUCUCCAGGCAACCGUUGCGCUGGUAUAUAUGUACCCUCUCUCCCCUCUAGCACUUCGGGUUUUCUGUUUUCUUUUUUUUAAGGAAAAAAAAAUGUUGAUAUUGAUUUUAAUGCUCAUGUAGUUUUGUAUUUUCAUGCAAAAAUCUUAAUGUACUUGAAUGUCUUUUAUUUUAUUAAAUAUGUAUUAUAAUUUUUUUGGUUAUUACACCCUAGACUUGCUGUAAUUGUACUCAUGUCACAGUGUCUAAGUUCUUUCUAUGAAAGAGAACAGAAAAAAAGAAUAACACUAAAUCUU